AUGGACAUCCAGGAGACGCAACGUCUCCUGUCCGAGUACCUGCACGAACUGGCGAACCUCUUCCACCGCGUCCCCGGCUCUGCAAUUUUCCUACGCUACGUGAAAUCCAGUUAUCAAGACGAUCCAAUCCGUUCGGCGGUCGAGCUUUUCCUCUUUCUCUUCGCCGUUCGCUACUUGCUAGCCCCGAAAUACUCGACCAAGCCUGGUGUAGUGUCAUUGUCGGAAGAUGAGAUUGACGACCUUGUGGAUGAGUGGACGCCUGAGCCUCUUGUGGGCAGGCCUAAUACCUUGGAGGAAAUGGAAGUUGAGAAGCGCACGGUGAUUGUGGGUCCUGUCGGCCCCAAAUCGAAGCUCGCCAAUGGCCGUACCGUUACUAAUCUCGCCUCGUACAAUUUUUACAACUUCAAUACAAAUGAAACUCUCAAGGAAUCCGCUAUCCAGACCCUUCGGAACUACGGCGUUGGUCCUUGUGGUCCACGAGGAUUCUACGGUAACCAGGAUGUCCAUAUGAAGACUGAGGCGGAUGUGGCGUCGUUCCUCGGUACCGCAGCUUGUAUCAUGUACUCACAGGCAUUUUCGACGAUUCCCAGUGUCAUUCCGGCUUUCUCGAAGCGUGGAGAUAUUAUUGUUGCCGAUAAGGGUGUCAGCUUUGCUAUCCGAAAGGGUAUCCAGAUUUCUCGCAGUAUCGUUCGUUGGUAUGAGCACAAUGAUAUGGAGGAUCUGGAACGGGUGCUCGCCAAGGUUACCAAGGAGCAGGCUCGCAAGCCGUUGACUCGGCGGUUCAUCAUUACCGAGGGUCUUUUCGAGUCCUAUGGUGACAUGGUGGACCUGCCCAAGAUUCUGAGACUCAAGUACAAGUUCCGUCUCAUCUUGGACGAGACUUGGUCGUUCGGUGUUUUGGGCCGCACUGGCCGUGGUGUCACCGAGCACCAGAACGUUGACGCAGCCGAGGUUGACAUGAUUGUUGGGUCGCUGGCUGGCCCUCUCGUGGCAGGUGGAGGCUUCUGUGCUGGCUCCGAGGAGAUUGUUCAUCACCAGCGGAUUUCGGCCGCGGCCUACACCUUCUCUGCAGCUCUUCCCGCUCUCUUGUCCACUACUGCCAGUGCGUGCAUCGACCUUCUUCAAAACAACCCCGACACCGUCUCCCAGCUCCGGGAGUACACCAAGGCUCUGCGGGCUCAAUUGGAUCCUCGCAGUGACUGGAUGUCCUGUACCAGUGCGACUGAGAACCCGAUUCUCAUUCUGACUAUCAAGCCCGAGGUUGUCACUUCGAAGAAGCUCUCGUAUGAAGAUCAGCAGUUCUUGCUUCAGGAUGUCGUCGACGAGUGCCUGGCCAACGGAGUCCUGAUUUCCCGCCUCAAGACUCUGGAAGACAACUUUCAGCCCAAGCAAUUCGUCCCCGCCGCGUUGAAGGUGUGCGUGACCAUUGGUCUAACUAAGAAGGAGAUCGAGAAAUCCGGAACGAUCAUCCGACACGCGAUCACGAAAGUGUUGAGCAAGAAAAAGUAA